CUUUCCACGCCUGAUUUUGCACAUCCCAUCGAUCCUGCAUAUUAGGGACUAAUCGCGCGACCUUGGUCUCUAUCCGCCGCUUUCGCACCGUCCAGAUGUUGAGUCGUUGCGGUGGUCCUUUGCCAUAACCGGGAGUUGACCCCGCAGCAUGGGUGUUCAUGGACUGUGGACGGUCGUGCAGCCCUGCGCAAGGCCAAUCAAGUUGGAAACCCUUAAUAAAAAGCGUCUGGCAGUAGAUGCAUCGAUUUGGAUCUAUCAGUUCUUGAAAGCCGUUCGCGACAAAGAGGGAAACGCGCUGCGCAACUCUCACAUUGUCGGUUUCUUCCGCCGGAUAUGCAAGCUGCUGUACUUCGGUAUCAAACCGGUCUUCGUCUUCGAUGGUGGAGCUCCGGUACUCAAGCGGCAGACCAUCGCCAACCGAAAGAAACGACGAGAGGGUCGCCGAGAGGAUGCUGUGCGAACCGCAGGAAAGCUGCUGGCAGUGCAGUUGCAGAGGUCGGCAGAAGACACAGCUGCCGCGAGCCGGAAACGCGUUGCUGACCGGGAGGAGGACGUGCCAGAUAAUCCAGUGUAUGUCGAUGAUGCCUUUAUGACCGACAAAGAAAAGACCCAGACACGCUCGUUCAGAAAGAAGGAUGCCUACCACCUACCAGAUCUACAAGUGUCCCUCGAGGAGAUGGGGGCUCCUAAUGAUCCCCGCAUCAUGUCACGAGAAGAACUAGAAGAAUACGCCAGGCAAUUCCAUCAAGGCGAGGACAUCAACCUGUAUGAUUUCUCCAAGAUAGACUUCGAUAGUCCGUUUUUCGUCAGCCUUCCGGCGACGGAUCGGUACAAUAUCCUCAAUGCGGCCAGACUCCGGAGCCGCUUGCGUAUGGGCUACUCGAAGGAGCAAUUAGACACCAUGUUUCCUGAUCGUAUGGCAUUCUCGAAGUUUCAGAUUGAACGUGUCAAGGAACGGAAUGAUCUUACACAACGCUUAAUGAACAUUAACGGCAUGAACGGGGAGGAGGCGUUCUUCAAUUCUGGACAGAGAAUAGCUGGUGAAAGAGGAAGGGAGUAUGUUCUGGUUAAGGAUAACUCCAUCGAGGGCGGCUGGGUCCUUGGCGUGGUGGGAAAUAAGGAAGGUCAAGAGGAUAGACCAAUUGAUGUUGACCAGUAUGGCCAGCAUCAGGUGGUCGCCGCGAAGGAGGAGUUUUCUGAUGACAGUGAUGGCGGCUUUGAAGAUGUUCCUAUCGAAGGCCUCAACCGACUCCCUAAGCUCCCUUUUCUGCGCGAAGGCGCAUUCGACGAGUCGAUCACGAACCAGAUGCAUGGAGUUGGAGAGAGCAGAAGAAAAUCGGACAAUGUGGACGAUGACUCUUUGUUCGUUCGCAGCGAGCGACGCACCAGCUUUGCAAACAACAGGCACACUAAUGACGACGACAUGUUUCAUGAUCCAGAAGACCACGAUGAGGAGCUCCAACGCGCCAUCCAGAUGUCUUUAGAAUCCACGACUCACGAUAUCGAAGACAAGGACAUGCCUGAAAUCCAACUGAACCGGAGUGAAGCUCCCUUACCGCAGCCACAAGAUGAAUCAAAGGAUUUCAUGGAUGAGAGUGAGGACGAUUUUGACUUUGCGGCUGCUCUAGCUCAGUCUAAAAGGACACAGAAAACCGGCCCUACUACUCGCGCGAAUAACCCAUUCGAUGGCCCUCUACCUUUCGAGUCGAUGUCCCUUGUAAAACCAACCAAGGCCAUUGAGGCGCAGGAGAAUCACAAAGAAGAGAAAAGCCAAACUAAGGGUGAAAAAGAAGCGGGAAAAGCUAAAAAGGAGGCUUUACCUUUGCCACCAUGGUUCUCAGCGACUUCUCGUGAUAUGCAAAAUGUUGACUUUUUCACCGACAAAGCUGAUGACCAGCCGGCAAGGAAAGCUCGUGAUGAGAGUCCUGAAUCGGGCACACUUUUCAUACGAGACCAAUCAGCUAAUAACGAACACACUGCUGGUGGAUUUGCGGACACGAAGGAAGUCAUCGAUAUAGACUCUGGAUCCGAAAGGGAAGAAAGCUUACCUGUUUCUCUGGAUGCUUCGACGAUACACACCACAAUCACUACCGAGGAGGUUCCCAGUUUUGAAAAGCCUGUGGGAUCUCCGCUAUCUGCGCAGCCGCCUGAUGAAAUAUCGAGGAAUAUCGAAUUAAACAAUCAAAAUGAAACCACUCAAGUGAAUGGCAUUUCGGCUGACGACAAUGACAAGACUAGCAUUGCACAAUCCGAUUCCUCCCCUACCCCUGAGUUUGAGGAUGUUGCCAUACCGGAUGCUGGCAAAUUUAGUGAUGCUAUGUCUGGAGGACAAGAUGAUUUUGAGGACGUUGUGGUUACCAACGGAGAUAGAGCUGAUAGCGCUAAGAAUGUCACAGAGAAUGCACCAGUCUUUGAUCUUGUUGACACAGGAGAUAGCCUUGAACAAGACUUCUCUGAUCCUGAAGACGAGGAUCUCAUGCAGCAGCUUGCAGCUGAAGGCGAAGAACAUGUCCGAUUUGCCGCCACACUGAACUCUGACAUAAACGCCGGGAGCGCAUUUGACUACGAGCAAGAGUUGAAACAGUUACGAUUCCAGCAGAAGAAAGACCGCAGAGAUGCGGAUGAGGUGUCACAAAUUAUGAUUACUGAGUGCCAACAGCUGCUGACGCUUUUUGGCCUGCCAUAUGUCACCGCGCCCAUGGAGGCUGAGGCUCAGUGUGCGGAACUGGUGUCACUAGGCCUCGUUGACGGCAUCAUCACUGAUGAUAGUGAUUGCUUCCUGUUCGGUGGUACACGGAUCUAUAAGAACAUGUUCAACCAAGGCAAAUAUGUCGAAUGCUACUUGACUUCCGAUCUCGAAAAGGAAUAUGCCCUGCAUCGUACCAAGCUGAUUAGACUUGCUCAUCUGUUGGGUAGUGACUAUACAGAGGGCAUCCCCGGGAUCGGCCCGGUGACCGCAUUGGAGAUUCUUACGGAAUUCGCCGACUUGGAAGAAUUCAACGCAUGGUGGACACGGGUGCAGACGGGUACCAAUAUGAGCGACGAUGAGCACGCUGCUUUUUACAAGAAGUUCAGGAAGCAAGCCACAAAGAUAUUCUUGCCACCAUCGUUCCCUGACCAUCGGGUGGACAUUGCAUACCUUGAGCCUGAAGUCGACUCCGACCCUUCACCUUUCCAGUGGGGCGUGCCUGACUUGCAUGGGCUACGGAAUUUUCUCAUGUCGACCGUUGGCUGGAGUCAAGAGCGGACGGAUGAGAUCCUCGUGCCUGUUAUUCGUGACAUGAACCGCAGGGAGCAGGAGGGUACUCAAUCGAACAUUACCAAUUUCUUUACGGGUCCUCAAGGGGCGGGUGCAUUCGCUCCUCGUGUCCGCAGUGGUGGUCAGAGUCGGAUGGAGAAGGCCUUCCGUCGCCUUCAACAGCAGGCUGGUUCUGCAGCAGAGCCAGACGCUUUGGAUGGAGAAGCCGCUCCUGCCACUGAGCUCUCGCCCGAGAAUCAGCUCUCCUCGGCCCAGCUAUCGAGCAAAGAAGCAGGCACCAAACGGGGGGCGCGCAAAGCACGUGCUGUGGAUCAGGAGCCGGUGGUUGAUAAGGUUGGAACCACUAAAAGGCGAAAAACGAGACGUGGGGCCAAGUAGUCUGCAAUACUUCGCCGUGGAUCUAGCUCAAUUCUAGGGGCAUGGUCAGUAUCCUGGACCGAGUCCAUUGAAUUAGUAUAUAAUCACGAAUGUAC